AAAAAGAAGAGGAUAUAUUCACUAUUAUUAAUGAAAAAGAAAAGGAAGAAGAUAUAUUUGUUAUAAUUAAUAAAGAAGGAGAUAAUAUGAUUGUUAAUUAUAAUUUGAAUCAUAUUUCAAAUGAAAUAAUAAAACUUGAUAUUCAAUUAGAUAUUUUACGAAAUACUGAAAAUUGUGAUUUGCUACAAUUUCCUGACAAAGCAUAUAGUAAAUUUAUGGAGUUAAUAUCAAAAUACCAUAUUUCAAAUUCUGCUGGUGAUGAUAUUCUUAAAUGGUUUCAUUUAAUUAUAUGUGUAAAAAAAGCUAAGAUACCUAAAAAUACUAUACAAGAACAA